ACCGACCCCACCAUAUCCAAUUGUCACUUACCAAGAUGUCGCCGCAAGUUUCUCUUUCACGGAUAUGCCUUCAGUGCCGAAUGCGCGUAUUUGCGAGCAGUUUUCGUUUGAUGUCAUGUCCCCGCUACAUCCGGACGAGUUUGCGAGAUUCCUCAUGGGAUCUGUGGCUUGAAAAGUCUGUGGUAAGAUACAGAAACUUUUCAACUGGAAUAACGACCCCCGAGAACAAUAAAGAAGAUCCACUCCAAAAAGAGACUGCGUCAUCUGGGUCCAGAUCUCCCACCCCAGAGAGUGUUGGCCCAUCGGGAGUUGUCAUUGCGUCGGAAUCUACUACUUCGUGCGAAGUUGCCUCUAAACAAACUUCUUCCGCAUCCGAAAUUUCCUCCCAGGAAGCCGCUCCUACCUUGGGGACUACUCCUGCGCCGGAAACCGCUCCUUCGUCGGAACUUGCCUCUACAGAACAUUCCUCUGUGUGGGCAACUGCCUCAACCCCAGUGGCUACUUUCCCUCCGGAAUCUCCGCCGUUGGAUAAGACACGAUUAGUUGAGUUAUCGCCGAGUGAAAUUCCAUCGGAUGGAAUACCUUCCACAAUUUCAAACGCUAGCGAUUUCCUAGCUAGCCGGCGUUUCCUAGACGAAGAUGCGGACAAGGGGUCCCACCCACGGCCUCCGAUUGAUACUAAGGCGAGGGAGAGAGCAGUCCUAAAAAACUAUCGAGUUUUGUUGAGAGAUACUAAAGCUGAGGUCGAUCUUGACGAAGUCAUGAAAGUAGCAACCACUGAACCUCCACCGCCGGGGCGUGAUGAAAACUCCGAAAGGAUAAAACCGCCUAAACCAUCCGAGCUCGUCCCACCCCAUCUCCUAGAUUCAGGAAUGAAGUGUGACUUUCCCCCUCCCUUUGGUACCAAAGGAACAUAAAACUUACAGUUUAUAACAGUUGAAUUUCCUGCAGCCACUCACCGGGUAGCAGAUAUAGGUAAAGAACUCAUAGAUAAACAGGUCGUGCUCCAUGGAUACUUCGGCGCUGUGCGGAAGACUGCGAAAUCUCUCUAUUUUUCUUCCUUCCACGACCAUUACUCUGACCCCGCACGUCCACUAAAGGUGGUUUCUUGCAUUGAUUCUCUAUCGCCCCAAAUUACCAAAACAGCCCAUCAAGUACUUGGGUCCCUCCAUCGGCUUACGCCUGUAGCUCUCCGAGCAUCAGUUUACAAGUGCGCGCCUUCAAAGUCCCCAGAAAAAAGGAAAUCUGAUGAGGAAGUUGAGCUCCGGGUCAAAGAAAUUUUCCCGCUCAAUUCGGUGUCGGAAAGUUUGAUUUAUACUCCAGAGACAAUUUUUCCGCCAGAGAAACGUCACCUACAACUCAGGACUGCCAAGGAACUUUCUGCGGCCUUGCGCCUUCGCUCGCGUACAGCGUCUGAGUGCCGCAAGUUUCUUGAAGAGAAUGAUUUUCUUGAAGUUGAGACUCCGUUGUUGUUUAAAUCUACUCCCGAAGGAGCCCGAGAAUUCCUUGUACCAACUCGGAAGGGAAACGGCACAUGCUACGCUUUACCACAGUCACCCCAACAAUACAAGCAAAUUUUGAUGGCUAGCGGUGUUCCUCGUUACUACCAGCUUGCUAAAUGUUUCAGAGACGAAGAUUCGAGAGCGGACCGACAACCAGAAUUCACCCAACUUGAUAUGGAAAUGUCAUUUGCCACAUCAAACGAUGUGAUGGAUUCGGUUGAACAACUGAUCAUAAGGAUAUGGAAUAAUGUCUUAGGCGUUCGUAUAGAUCCUGGAUUCAGACGAGCACCAUAUUGGUGGACAAUGAAGAAUUACGGCACAGAUAAACCUGACAUGAGAUAUGCAAAUCAUAGAGUAAUCUCGAUAUUCUCUAUCCUCCUUUAUUCUACUAACCAAGAUAUAGAUUAAAAGCCUCCAUGGGGCUCUCCCACAUCUAUCUAAGGCGGGCAGAUAUAUAGAAGGGUUUAUAUUCUACGGAAACACACCCAACUAUAACACGGACCAAGCUACAGAGCUUCUGGAAGAGUUCAAGAAAGAAAAUCCGAGUGUGAGCGACGAUAAUUACGUGGCCUAUAUCGCCGGCUUAGGGAAGGAAACUCAAGCUUAUAUCGAAGGCGGGAUGGAGCUGUGGCACGAGGCUGAUUUAGCUAAUAUCCACGGGGCGCUCUGGGUACACCGACCUGGUGCAAUAGUUGUGAUUAAGGAGCGUCGUGGCUACUACUCUGUAACCCCCCUUCCCCCCCCGCUCUCUGUACAAACCAGAGCUGACUACGCUAGGGUGGGAAUACUAAACUCGGUCUUCUGAGAACCGCACUUCUAAACAAAGCCGUUGAAAAACGGCUCCUCCAGGGUCGAAUCGACCACGCAUUUGUCUGGGUCGUCGACUUCCCCCUCUUCUCUCCGACCAGCACCGGCGAUCCCAGUCAGCCCGGAAGAGCCCCCUUCUCAUCAACCCACCAUCCCUUCACGGCCCCUAUCGCAGAAGACAUCCAACUCCUGAGAUCAUCGCCGUACCGUGUCCGCGCCGAGCAUUACGACCUAGUCGUCAACGGAAUAGAACUCGGCGGAGGCAGCAGGCGUAUUCACGAGGCAGCGCUGCAGAAAUACAUACUUGAGAAAGUGCUCAGGAUGCCCCAGGAUGAGCUGCAGCAAUUCGACCACUUAUUGGAGGUCCUCGACAGUGGAUGUCCCCCGCACGCGGGUAUCGCCCUGGGUUUCGAUAGGCUGAUUGCUGUGAUGACGGGCCGCGAUAGCAUUCGGGAUGUCAUUGCCUUCCCGAAGAACGCUAAGGGCGCCGACGUGAUGGUUGGGUCACCAAGCGCGGUUCUGGAUAGGGAGCUGCGGGCAUAUGGGCUUCAGAGGAUUUGAACCCCUUGGACCGCAGGGAAGAGAGGGAGGUGGUACUAGCUGCCUGUAUAUACAUCAUCACGUGCUUUUAUAUUAUAAUUAAGGUGGGGGAGGCUUGUUGAUUUCACCCACAGAUGGAGGGCCUAUUUCGUUAUCACAGAAUAUCACUCGAUGUCAUUU